UGCAUUAACUACAGUUCCCAGGGUGCCAAGCGGUUGGACGCAUGCGCAAGAUCGCUGGCUAUUGCUGUUAGUGCGGAGAAGAUGCGUAGGGUUAGUAGUCGUAUUUGCUAUGAUGAGGACGUUGAACCAGAGGAUCUGGAAACAGAAGGAGAGAGGCAGCUACAAAACCUGUUGAAGCACCAGCUAGACACAACUGUAUCACUUGAAGAAUGCAUAGCUAAGAAGAAAUGCUUUGCUCCAAGUGCUUUAUACAAGCCUUUUGGGGAGCAGGCAGCAGGUGUGUUGAGUCUGUCACAAUUCCAGACUCUACAGGAUGGAGAUGGGGAGAUUGCUGCACUGAGAGACCUUGGACUUACUGACAGGGAAAUACAACUCUGGCAAGAAAGGGAAUCUCUAGUCAAGUUCUCAGGGCUUGGAGCAGAUCCAGCAGCUGUGCAGCAGAGGCUCCGUGCCAUUGAAGAAAAGAUUGAGGAGCGCCAACGACUUCUGUCAUUGCCGCAGAGAUUUGCUGGAAGUAAACAGUUGAAUAGGAGAGAGAUGGAGAUUGAAAAAGCCAUGUUCCAAGGAACUGACCGACAUACUUUUCUGAAAGCACUCUACUACCAAGAUGAAAAAUAUGUAAAAGAUCAGAAUGACCCAAUCAACCAAUUGGAAAUGAUGUUAUUAAAAUUCAAAAAUGAUACAGUUGGAAUGGAAGAAAAUCCAAAAAACAGGCCAGGGUCUUCCACAGAAAUUCCUUCCACAGCCACAAGUGAAGGAGUUGGUUUUGGAGAAAUGACUAGCCUGCUUAUUCCACCACAACAUGAGCUCAGUGUUGUCGACCAAUAUGAACAUCAGAAUACCAAAAGACUUUCUGUGAAUGUGCCUAUCAGAACCCUCCCCAGCACUGGCACCCAGUGUCCUCAAAAAAUCACACAGCAUGUGGAAGCUGUUUCCAUAGAAGAGAUUCGAAGGAACAAACUUUCUGAGGAGGAAAUCAGAAUGAUUCCCAGAUUUUCAAACUAUAACCCGGGACAACCAAGCAGGGUUUUGUACUUGAAAAAUCUGAAUUCAAAAGCCACACUGGAAGAUCUGUUUUCCUUAUUUGUUUCAUUCCAACAAAAGGAUGGCCCUCAGCUCCUUUUCCGGUUACUGACAGGUCGAAUGAAGGGACAGGCGUUCAUCACCUUCCCAAGUGUCGAAUUGGCAAUGGAAGCGCUCAACAUGGUGAAUGGCUAUAAUCUAAUGGGCAAGCCAAUUAUCAUUGAGUAUGGGCAGAAUCGAUCUGACCAGUGACCAGUACUUUCAGUGUUAUGACCAAUGGAAGGUGUGUCAGUACAAUGAGGUGGCUACUUACUCAAUACACUACACAAUGGAAAAUGACCUCCUCCCCUGCCCCACUUUCCCCCAAGAAAGAUAUUCAAUAUGUUACAAUACUUGGAUUUUUAAUUCUAGAAAAUACUCACUUAAUAUAGGCAGUGAUGCACUUAUAUGCAUAAAGAAAAAAAGUAAGGGUAUGGUUUAAAAAAAAUAUUUGGCCUGAUGUGAUACUGAGUAUUUACAACAGGAAAGUUCCAGAUUUAGUCUCUCUCAGUUAACUGUUUUCAGUGCAAGUUCUAUUUGGACUACUAUAGUUGAAUGAACUGUUCCCUUGUUAGAUUGGAGACCAUAUCUAGAGUUUCUGUUUGUGUAGUUAAAUGAUUCCAGCUAGGGUGACUUGAUGUUGAAAUACCAGACAAAGUUAAUUUUCUAGUCUCAAUUGUAAAAUGGACCUGUGUGCAAGGUACCAGUUAUUUAAAAAAAAAAAAAACCUGUGGGUAAAGUCAUUGUUUCAGAGACGAGGGAAUAAAUCUGAGACAAAAAAUAAAAAGCCACACAGUUAAAAUAAAUUUGAAUAGGUUAUUUUAUAAAUGAAUAAAACAUAGAUAGAAAAAAAUUGUUACGUACUUUCUUUGGAGAAAAUGAAUCCAAAUAAGAACUUUUUAUGGAAGUAUACGGCCUAUUAGGCAUAAAGAUUUGACAAAAAGUAGACCCAGGAAAGCAGAAAAAGAUCUUGUUUUGAUUAAUUAUAACAUCAGCUUUGGUAAUAAUACCAAAAUUGGCAAAGACAAUUCCAAUUCACUGUGUUUAUGAUUUUAAGUUACGAUGUGAUUAAGGUACAUCUAACAUUGGGAUGUUGUUUGAAAGUGCAGUGAUAUUCUGCCUUGAGAUCGAAACUCAACAAGUUGUUUAUUUCAGUUUGCUAUGUGCCUUCCUAUUUGUAAGUGAAAAAUUGAUUCAAAGGGAUAAUAUACCGAUUCCCCUACAUUCCGUUGUAAUUAACUUGAGGAAUUGUGACAAAUUAUUUACGUAAAAAUGUUGAAGUUAUCCUCUAUUCCUAGUAUUUGUACUUAUUAGCCAUAAAGUUCUGGAGCCAUAUCUUUGACAUUCAAGAAUUGUGUAUUAAUGGCAUUAUAUUACUUGGGACUUCAAGAUUUUUGCAAGUGAAAAAUGUUUUACUGUAGUCACUUCAGAUGAUGUCAUCUGUCAAUCAGUUUUAAACACUUAUGUGGCGUUUUGAUAGAAAUGAAUGAUUAAUCUCCCAACCCCGCCCCAAAAUGGAGGUUGUAAGCUUGUGCAGAGUCUGGAAACAAAUGAAUUGGAAUUCUUAAAGAAUGAUGAAAUAAUGCUUCAAGUUGCCAGGAUCAUUGUCUUUUCGGUUAUUGGUCAGUUCCAUUAUGCAAAGAUAAUGACAGAUACUAAUUCCGAGUUUUGGCAUGUAUUUUAAUGUUGAUACUGCUCGUGGUGACAAUGGUAAUUUUCCCUUUCUUAGAAUAAUUGUAUACACCUGUUUUAAAAUAUAGUCUUUUAAAGUAAGUCUUGUGAGUCAAAAUAUUUUGUUAUUCUGCAUGAGGGUCUUGUGCUUUUCACACAUUUCAGUUUUCAAAGUCAGUAUGAAAAAUAAUCAAUUGUCAGUAAUAAAACAGUGCAGGAAUUUUGUCCUGUUCAAAGAUUCCGUUGGGAAUCAUUCAAACCACCUUGGAAAUAAUAGAAAUAGGGAACGAGAAGAAACGGAAGAGUCAUGCUUGAAAUAAAAAUUCCAUAAAUGUAGGCAUUGUAUAUAUUGUCUGGUAAAUAAGUUCAAGGCUGUAAUUUAACUUUAUUAAUUAAUUACAAUUUCUAAGCAAUAUUAAAUGCCAUUUCUGAUCAUGGAUUUACCUGUUGUCUCAUGUUAGUUAAUAGGUAUUUAUUCACAAGUGUGAAAUAAUAAAAAUGUUUCUGACCAAAAUGAA